GACUGCUACUACUAACUCGCCAUAAUAGGUAAUGAUCAUUACGAUCUUAUAGAAUUGCGUUUAGUCUUAUUAAGUAAACUCAUUCACUUCCCUAGGAUGAGAGUCUGGCAGUUGGCGUGAGGUAUUGUUCCUGGCAUUGAGGCUAGGAUGUGGUAGUAGAGUUUAGUCUGGUGUGGGAUUCCACAGCGUUGUGGUGUGACAGGAAGGUGCUGAGGAGGCAGGUGGCGCGCGCGUGCCUUUGGACGCGGAUCUUAAGCCAGUGACCAAGGACGGUGGUGAUUCACAGUGGCGAGGGAGAGCUGGUAAACAGUCUAUAGCAGUAGCGGGUAGCGUGUGAUGCACACCUAUAAAAGCAUGUGACGUCAAAGUGACGUAACGGGUGCGCGAGAGAGGGAGGCCUGCUAUAGCCUCGAGAAGCCCGUAGUGGCCGCUGCCAGUGCCUUACUAAACUUUUGGCGGGCCCGUCCCUGCAGGGCGCGCGUCGUGGUGCCCCGCGACACCUCUGUUGCUCCACCCCGGCCGUCGCCGCUGGCACACGCACGCCCCUCUGCUUACAGUGUGGGGCUGUGACACCGUGCUCAGUCCGGUGGACAGUCCGUGCCUUGUGCUGCAACUUGGUGCCUUUUUGUUACUCGUGAAAAUCAACAGAAAAAAGGGCACAACUCUAAAUGUAUGAAAUAUAUAUUUCGAUGCCUUGGAAACGCUAGAGAACUUUUGUACAAGGCUGGCGUCGAAUCGCUUGGUGGGAGUCGAAAACUGAAUGUUGAGCAUUGUAGAAAACGUUACUGGCAGCCAUGUCAAGCAUGUGUUGGACACUUCUUUAGUUUUUUGUUAGUGCAUCGUAUGUUCUGCGAGGUACGCGGUGUUGCCCCCACGUAACCUUCCCUGGCCAGUAGUGUUGCGUCCGAACUAGGGGAGUGGAACCGGCGGUGUGAGCACCUCCCUGGGGUCGGAUACCCGGGCCAUGCAGGACGUACGACACGCGGCUGUGGGGGAAACAGACACCGUCGGCAGUGUAAGUGGCCCAGCGGGACCCGUAAGUGAAGUUGAGGGCGGGGGACACCCAACUCCCCCGCCCUCGAUCAAGGACCUGCCGCCGCCCACAAAGGGAACUGUAGAGCCACCUGAGGCACCGGUCCAGGGAGCCAAGAUGCCCGCGAGUCCGCUCAUACCACCGCCGCCCCCGGACCCUACCCUGGGCGAUGUCUCCCGCGAGUCUCAUACUCCAGCUAAAUAUCCCGCGGUUGACCCUGCAGGUCAGCGUCAUGGCAAAAAGAAUGGCUCCGCGGGGCAGCCUGUACAAGAGACGGUAACCACAGAAAACCCUCACUCGAACCCCAACCCCAACCCUAAUCCGAACCCAAACCCUAACCCUAACCCAAACCCAAACCCAAACCCAAACCCUAACCCUAACCCAGGGCAUCAGAGACCUGCUGCAGGACUCCAGCAGCAGCCUUACCGAGUCCAAGGCGCGGCUCAAGCCGGAGGUCCAGCCCCAGGGCAAGCUCUAGCCCAUGCAUCGCCCCCUGUAGGGCAGCAGAUUCCUUUACAGGGACCACCGCCUCCUCGCCAUGGCCUGCCGAUGAUGCCUCCUCGCCCAGGGCCUCCAAUGGCUCAACUUCCUCGCCAUGGGUCACCGCUAGUACACGCGCCGCACCACAUACCCCCCGUGGGAUUGCCGUCCCACCACAGGCCUCCAAUGGGCCAGCCGCCCCCUCCGUCCCCCGUGUUACGGGCUCAUCAAUUUGUCGAACCCGCAGCAAGGCCGCCCCGCUUUCAGGAGCCCGUCGUUCGACAGCCAGGCUACCAGGUGCCAAGACCUGGUGGCUCCCCUUACCGGGGUGAGGCACAGAUGCACUACCAGGAGGAAUUGCCACCCCAGUACCACGAAGAGAGGCUCUCUUACGUCGAGGAGGGGGCGUCCUUCCAGGGAGAAGGGAUGUAUGGGGAGAAGGGCGCGGUUUACGCCGAGGAGGGAGGGUCGCUCACGGAGGAGAGUGCGACGCAGGUUCCAGGCCAGGCGCGACACCCCCGUCGCCAGCCAGGAACUUUGCGUAUAUCCAAAUGGGUGAACCCUAUCCCCGAUGACCCCGACGACGCUAUAGGUUGGAAGCUGAACUGUGAAGUUUCGGAAGGUCUUUCCGAACUGAGUUCCAUCAUGGUGUCUUGCUGUGCAGUUAUUAUGGCAGAUCGUACUGACAGUGAUAACCUUAACAGUGAUCAGUAG